AUGCCGCGCGCUGCCGCUGAAAUCCGGGCGAGAGCGCGAGCCACUGGGCACCGCGGCGGCUGCGCUGCAGUCACGGAACGGCGGCUUGUACCGGGAGCUUUCCUCAACGCUGCCUCUUCACAUGAGAACACCUCGCACGCCUCAACCAUGAGAGCCCAAAUCGAAGUGAUACCAUGCAAAAUCUGUGGAGAUAAAUCUUCAGGGAUCCACUAUGGAGUCAUCACUUGUGAGGGGUGCAAGGGUUUUUUCCGAAGGAGCCAGCAGAAUAACGCUGCGUACUCCUGCCCACGUCAGAGGAACUGCCUCAUUGAUCGAACCAAUCGGAAUCGCUGCCAACACUGUCGCUUGCAGAAGUGUCUUACUCUUGGAAUGUCACGUGAUGCUGUGAAGUUUGGUCGGAUGUCCAAAAAGCAACGUGACAGUCUCUAUGCAGAGGUUCAGAAGCAUCAACAGCAUCAAGAACAGCUGGCAACCAAGGAGGACUCCGAGGGCCUUGCGCGAGGCUACCCAAACAGCGUCAGUAGUGGACUCGGAGAUCUGGAUGAGAUCAGCAGCACCUUCUCAGAAGGGCUCCUGUUUGACUUUCCGCUGACCCCUGAAGGAGGAAGCAAUUUUUAUAAUUUUGAUAUUUCAGCCUCCGCUGAGCCUUCUCCUGAUCAGUCUGCCAUGGAUGUAAAUGAAAUUAAACAUAUAAAGCAGGAGUCUAUAUAUGAAAUAAUGCUGGAACCCAGUUUGUUCCCAUACCCCUCUCCAGAGAAUAGUUCACUGGCCAGUGAAAUUUCAAUGGCAGAGAUAGAUCGAAUAUCACAGAACGUGGUGGAAUCCCACCUAGAGACUUGCCAGUACACUGUUGAGGAGUUGAAGCAGCUUGCCUGGCAGUUGUAUACACAGGAAGAGAUAAGGAACUUUCAAAAUAAGUCCUGUGAAGCCAUGUGGCAGCAGUGUGCGAUCCAAGUUACAGAUGCUAUCCAGUACGUGGUGGAGUUUGCCAAGCGGAUCAGUGGAUUUAUGGAUCUGUGUCAGAACGAUCAGAUCAUUCUCCUCAAAGCAGGUUGCCUUGAGGUGUUGUUGGUUCGAAUGUGCCGAGCGUAUAACCCUAUGAACAACACAUUGUUUUUCGAAGGGAAGUAUGGAAGCACACAGAUCUUCAAGUCAUUGGGCUGUGAUGACUUUAUCAGUGUUGUUUUUGAAUUCGCUAAAAGCUUGUGCUGCCUGCAUUUGACAGAGGAAGAGAUUGCAUUGUUCACGGCUGGCAUCUUAUUGUCACCAGAUCGACCAUGGCUGACAGAAGCUAGAAAAAUUAAGAAGCUGCAGGACAAGAUUUAUGAGGCAUUGCAACAUGUCAUUCAAAAAAAUCACUUGGAUGAUGACAAGUUAUCAAAGCUGAUCUCCAAGUUAUCCAUGCUGAAGUCCGUAUGCAACCUUCAUGUGGACAAGCUGCAGCUCUUCAAGCUUCUACAUCCGCAGACGGUGCACAACUUCCCGCCGCUCUACAAGGAAGUGUUCAGCACAGAAAUGCAGUAUCCGGACUCCUCCAACAGCUAAACACGAUGUUCCCAAAGUGAAAAAGGAAUGGAUUCCAAUCCUCUAUCACCAAUUGCAAUAGCACUAGAAUGAAUGUACUGCACUUCAUGUUGUUUCAUCAUUAACAGUCGAAAGAAUGUAAAUAAUUGGAUACUGAGUAGUGGAAAAAUCCUUGUGCAUGGCAAUUAAAAGCAGCUCCAUUGUGAUCAUGGACCAGAACUCAAGGCUCUCCUUCCAAGGCUCUUUAUAUAAAAUCUGUUUCUGUUGGUAAAAAAAAAGAACAGUGAAGUAAAGGAGUAUAGAUAGUAUUUUAUCUGUAAUGCAAACCUAUAUAUUUUAUUAAGGUUGUUUCUUUUGACACUGAAUACUCAGUGAUUUCAGAGUUGUUCUUGUGGUCCAUCGUUUGAGGUUAGAUUUUCUUUUCCCUGAAUGCUUCCUCAGCAUUACUGCAUCAAAACGAUUUGAAAGAGUGGGUGAAAAUCUCUUGCAAUGAAUUCUCAACAGUGCUGAAGAUAGUGAUUUUAAAAACUCUGAAAUCCUAUACAAGUAAAUGUCUGUGUGUUUAUACUAUUACUAUAUAUCUUUAGGCUAAUGGUCAAUAAGAUGCCUGCAUGUAAUAAUAGCUAAAAGUUAUGGUACCCAUUAGCACUCUGACUGUGUUAGUGGCCAGUAGUCGUAGCUUGGCAUUGCAUUUAAAUUUAUCCUUAAGACAAAAAUCUGGUGUUUCCCACAAAAAGGCUGGAUAGUCUGAAAGGUGCAGAAGCACAUUAGACAUUUAAGGAUUGCAGUUUCUAUCUUUUACUACUAACAAGCCUGGUUUUCUUUUUCUAGGUUAUGUGAACCUGAAGAGCCCAGAAUAAAAUGGGGGAAAGUAGACAGAUGCAAUUGCUGGAUAAGUUUUUCUCUGAACCUUUUUGAAAAAUAACUCCAAUUAGCAGAAAAUGACACGAGUUAACCAGAGCAAUACACACAAAAUUCUGGAGGAACUCAGCAGAUCAGGCAACAUGUUUGGAAAUGAAUAAACAGUCAACGUUUUGGGCUGAGAUCCUCUGGGGCUGAAAUGUUGACUGUUUAUUCAUUUCCAUGGAUGCUGCUUGACCUGCUGAGUUCCUCCUGCAUUUUGUGCAUGUUGCUCUGGAUUUCCAACAUCUGCAGAACUUCUCGUGUUUAUUAGUUAACCCACAUUGUAUAUGCCCUUAGCAAACUAAAGACUAACAAGAAGAAACAUUAAUAGUGGAUUCACAGCCCCACAAGCAUCCCUAAAUUUAGCAACACACACAAAAUGCUGGAGGAACUCAGCAGGCCAGAUAGCAUCUAUGGAAAUGACUUACUGAAACCAUCACCCCUACUGGGGCAUUGGCCGCUGACAAAAGCUCGCCAGAGUCCUCUGACCUGGGUCAGUCUGUCAAGGUGUCCCCAGGUGUAACUCAUUUGCUCCUUCCUCUCCCAUGGAUGAGGUCUUUGGAGUUUCUGUUGGUGUUUAUUUACUCUGGGUUUUUACGGGAUGGGAUGGGGCUCCAUACCCAGCCCUCCUCCUUUUGGCUGGGCUUUGGACUAUCCGUGGUGGAGUUAGGGAAAUUAGUAGGUAAAUAAUAGAUCCAUAGAUGCUGCCUGACCUGCUGAAUUCCUCCACCGUUCUGUGUGUGUUGCUCUGAAUUUCCAGUUUGCAGAGUCUCUUAUGUUUAAAAUUAGCAGUGUGGUUUUCCCCAUUGGAGGUCCAUAUCAUCCAUCCCCACCAAAAAUAUCCACAUACCAAAAAAAGUUUCUGAAUAUUAUUUACAGAUCAUUGACUAUCUUUUAUAGAUCUUUUCCACCCUUAAUUUCUUUUUGACAAGUAACAGUGAGUAGCACAUUACAAAUCAUCAUAAUUCUACAAAGUUUGUGAGACCUUUACUCCCUGAAGUAGAAGCAAUUCAACAUCCUCACCAUGUUUCAAAGAACAAACUUUUGCAAUUACAAUAUUUAAUUUUGUGUAGUGAGUAAAUAAUUUCUCCAUUGCUGGUGUCUUAUGAGGGAACAAUAUUUAACAUAUUUUUAGAAAUUAUUUAUUAAUUUAAUUAUGGUAUAAAACUUUACACACAGUGGCGUCUUUUCAUUUUAAAUAGAAUUUGAAGGUUUGGGGAAGAAUAAUUUUAAAAAUCUAUUCUAUCAAAGAAGAAGUUGCAAAUGUGUUAUGCAAGUGCAGUUUGAACAUAAAGGUGGAGGUCCGUAGUAAGUUAAUUGUGCAGUGGAAGUUCGAUGAAGUGGGAGGUAUAAAUCCUCUGCACUAAGGCCCACCUCCCAGUCAGUGAAGAAAUCACUUGGUACAAUCCUCAUGAGCAACAUUGCUAACUUUUGAUGUGCUCUCUCUCAGUGGCUCUGUAAGUGUACGCAGCAAAUGAACAGUGCGUGACUGAACCCAGGUUUGAUUGUGUCUGCAGUCCACUGUCACCCAGAGCUGCAUAAAGACUCGCAACAGUUGAAGGCAAUCCCCUGGACUUUCAGGUGAAUGACCAGGAUGCUGGCGUGUGGUUCAUUGAAAACCUUGUUGAGUGUAGAGCCCCAUAGAAUCUGGAGCACGGGUUCGGGGACACAGAACAGUCAUUUUGGUGAAGUGCUCGAGAAUUUCUGGAACUUCAGUCUGACAACAGGGCAAGUGAUAAAGAGUAGUAUAAGAGUUAAGAAGAAAAGUGAAAAACAUGAGAAACUAGAAAAACAAUGAAAGAGCAUUUAUUGAAUGCAACUCCUGAGAUAGUAGGUAGCAUUAUAUUAGGAUUUCUGACCCCCUCUCAUUCAGUGCAACUAAUUGACAAUUUUAACAUAAUUACAGAUUUAAGACAUGGACACCCAAAGACUGCUUUUGCCUUUUAACUGGGUGCACACUUAAAAUAAAACUUCUGCAAUAACAAAGUAUUAUUUUUCGCAAAAGUUCAGAUGUUUUGACAUGGGUAAGUGAAGGAUCUGUUUGUUGAAUUCCAGAUUUUAAGCACUUUCUUCUUUGUUUUAUAUAUAAAAAAAUUUCUUUAUGAAAUAUUCAUUAGAUAUAGCUGCGCUUUAGAUCUUCUGGCUCAUUGAUGUGUCUUAUAUAUUCGUUUCAACAACUUCACCUGCAGCGCAGGGAACGGCUUCUGCUUGGAAACAGAAGAAUAUAAUUAGCCUGUAUUUUGCAUAUCUGCUUAGCAAAAAUGUGUAUUCAAAAAUAUUCUGCUGGGAUUCAAAAGGCUGAUCCGUUCCUUAUAGGAUAUGCUUCAGCUCUACAAUAAAGUAGCAUCUGACACCACUUAAAAAUAAAUUUAAACUUACACUGUGUGUAUUAUUCUUGUGAAUGUCGUGGAAGAAGUGAAGUGAAGGAGCGCCCAGCUUUGCUGCUCUUUCAGCAAUAUGGUGAAAUAUGCUUUCUCCGGCACAUUUAUUGACAAAACAAUAUUUGUUAUAUAGUUUAGAAAGUCAUUUUGAUGUUUUUUUGGUCUGUAUCGUUAAACUGUAAUUCUAUUUUUUUUAAAAAAAAGAACGAAAUACUUAUAUAAAUGUAAGAUGAGAAGAAUAGAAAGAUUUUUUAAAAAGCCUUAUCUGGAUUUCAAUGACAAACAAAUUCUUAUUUUAAUAUAUUGUGAAUUUAAGAAUGAUUGGGAUAGCAAUUAGUGAGUCAAUAUAGAUGCAUAAUGUAAAGGAUGUGUAUAUGAACCACAUUAAAAUUAUAUAUUAUAUGAAUAUGGGUAAUUAUUAGAUGUUUUGUUCAGCUUUAUUAUAUAAUGUGACAAGUAUUACAAUGUCUGUGAUGUUAAAGGGUUAAAUUGGCCACAAUACUCAGGAGAACGGUAUGUUAUGUUGGUGCUGGAAUGUGUGGCAACACUCGCGAGCUGC